CGACGGCGGCGGCGCGUCCACGUCAGAGGAGAGCGCGUCCACGUCAGAGGAGAGGAGCCGUGCUGACAUUGCUCUUAAACAAACCUUCAAAUCGCCUUUUUUAUUUCCUUUUGCGGAUAGGCAGGCGGAACAGCCCGAUUAACGCGCCGUUACCAUGUCAGACUUCGACAGUAACCCGUUCGCCGACCCGGAGGUCAGCAACCCGUUCCAGGAUCCGUCGGUGACUCGCGUAACUCAGAAUGUUCCCUCCGCUCUCGAAGAGUACAACCCUUUCACAGAUGGCAAACCAGCUUCUCUGGCGGCCAUGGCACCCAAAGCAGUGGGAGCCGCCAUCCAUGCCCAGCCCGCCAUCAUGAACCCCACCGAGGACACCCUGUCCUACGCACAGCCCCCCACCCAGGAGCAGGCACGCAUAGCCGAGGAGCUCCUGAGGAGACAGGAGGAUCUGGAGAGGAAGGCUGCGGAACUGGACCGCAGGGAGAGAGAGAUGCAGUCGCUGAGCGCCUCAGGAGGCCGGAAAAACAACUGGCCUCCACUUCCAGAGAAAUUCCCAGUAGGGCCAUGCUUCUACCAUGACAUCACCGUGGACAUCCCAGUGGACUUCCAGAAGACCGUCAAGAUCAUCUACUACCUGUGGAUGUUCCACAGUGGGACGCUGUUCGCCAACCUGAUUGGCUGCAUGGCCUGGUUCAUUGUGGACUCGUCCCGAGGGGGAGACUUUGGAUUGGCCAUCCUCUGGCUCCUCUUGUUCACCCCCUGCUCAUUUGUCUGUUGGUACAGACCACUUUAUGGCGCGUUCAGGAGUGACAGCUCCUUUAGGUUUUUCAUCUUCUUCUUCGUGUAUGUCUGCCAAGUGGGAGUGUACGUUGUCCAGGCGAUCGGCCUCACAGGGUGGGGUGCUAGCGGCUGGAUCUCUGCCCUGACGUGCCUGAACACGAGCAUCGCCGUGGGCAUCAUCAUGAUCCUCAUCGCCGGGCUGUUCACAGCGCUGGCGGUCAUGUCCCUCAUCAUGUUCAAAAAGGUGCAUGGGAUGUACCGGACCACGGGGGCCAGCUUUGAGAAGGCCCAGCAGGAGUUCGCCAGUGGGGUCAUGUCCAACAAGACGGUGCAGACGGCCGCGGCCCGGGCGGCCCAGGAGAGCUUCAAGGAGCAGAUCUGAGCCAGACCCACCUUGCCAUCCUUACCAAUACUACACAUGAGACACUUCAGAUCACCCCCCCCUUCCCUCGCCCAGGUUAACCUUCUAUCCCCCCUCUCUCCCCCAGCCUUCUCUCGUCCAAUCACAGUGAUUAUUAUUAUAAUGUUUUUUCUCUUUGAAUGAGGGAAUAUUACUAAUAGAAUGAAUGCCCGCAUCAAUGGAAAAAAAGCCCCCUGGCAGUACCCCGCCUCACCCCUUCUCUGUAGGACCCGACCCCCACACACACCCACCACCCCACUCACACACACCCAUCCACCCACACCGUCCCUGGCAUCCUGCCAGCCCUUAACCAGCACAAAAGUGUGUGUGUGUGUGUGUGUGUGUGUGUGUGUGUGUGUGUGUGUGUGUGUGUGUGUGUGUGUGUGUGUGUGUGUGUGUGUGUGUGUGUGUGUGUGUGUGUGUGUGUGUGGCCUAUUCAUUAUUGCCCAAUCAAGUUUUCAUUGUAUUAAUUCUGGUCAUUGUUUUCAGACACAAACUCUCUUGUCUCUGUGGGUUAUGUUACAUCCCAGAACUGCCUGUUUCUGUUAUUUAUUUCUGUCAGUUGGGAGGAGUGGAUGGUUUGGAGUGCAUCGGGUGCCUCAAUCUGCUGCCCCCUAGUGGAGCGAUUGAGAGCUGUAAACGAUGAAUGCUGUGCAUUCCACGACGCAUGGUCUUUGCCUUUUGUAUUCUACUUACCAUGAUCUGCUGGGUUAGUUUGGGUCUCAUUGGAGGUUCCUCUGCUUGGACUCAAUGCCUUUGACGUUGCGCGGGUCUGUCGCAAAUACAAAGUUGCACUUUAACUUGUAUUUUUUGUUUGCAUUUCUGCCGUCAUUGCAAACUUGUCUUUAAAUAAAUAAUCACAUUGGCGUUCUGAGUGGAGCUUUAGGUGACACGUUUCCUCAUACAAAUGAAUCACCAUGUUUAUCCGCCGGUCUGCUCCUUGACCCGCGGCCACCUUGGUUCUGGUCAAAUUCAGGCCCCUUCUGCUGCGCCACGGAUCCAAAUUAUUGUCCCGCGGUUUGAAAACGGCACAACCCGUCUCCAGCCUUUCUGAGAACAUGGGAGAUUUACCUCAGAGUCCCCUCAUGGUGCAGGCCUGCUCUGUCUGCACCUCCACACUGAGGCUAGAAAAUACAUUCAGAUACACCACACGCGUACAUAUAGGACCCUUCGGGUAAGCAACGUAGAGCUUCCGACCGUGGGCGUAAUCUAAUGUCUUAGUUCACCGGUCUUGUGUGGACCGACUGUCCAGGACUGCGAUCACAUCGUUAUUUUGUUGCAGUGAACUUGAAGAGCAGUUAUGUAAAACUUUGGAAAGCAAAACUCUCCGCGCUACUGUAUCUCCGUUUAGACCGUGUUGCGUUAUCUUUUGGGAUGCAUAGCAGCGGGGGAGAAUGGAGUUAAGAGUGAUUUUAGAUGUAAAUAAAUCCGAUAGUUUGCUAUGUGUAAAUCGGAGUAGUGUAUCUUACUGUGAGAAUGUUAAACACAGGUCUCUGUCCUAUCUAGGUGAGUGUGCGUGUGUGUGUGUGUG